AUGGAGCGGGCCGGGUCUGGGGCCAAGUCCCUGUUCCCUCAAGGGCCCAGCUUCACCCUCGAAGACUUCUCGAACCAGGACUUUGUGGUCCGCGAAUUCGUUGAUACCCUCGCCGAGAACGCCGUACCUGCGAACCGUCGAUCGGGUCCCUCGCAACCCGCCUUUGAUUCCAAACCCCUUAUUCGCACCUUUGAGAAUGCGCUUUCGCAGCUUGGAUCGCUGUCCGAAGAACUCCAAGAGAAGGAAUCGGAACUCCAGUCCAAUGUACGAAGGGCCGAAGCCCAGCAUGACCAAACCCUCGAUACCCUCGGCCGAAAGCUCGACCAGUCCAUGGCUUCCUUUGAGGCCCUCGAUCUGUCAUUAAAUCAAUCCGCGACGAAUGGCGAUAGAAACGCGAGACAAGAAGCAGGCGGUAAUAUUGCUGUGCAGAUUGGUGAGAAGCUCGAAGAGCUGGACAGAAAACGGAGGCGAGCCCAGGACGCCAACUUCCUCAUCCAGUGCUGGAUCGAGGUCAGCGAAACGGGCCAGCUGACGUCGCUGGAGGAAGUUCAGAGGCAGGGAGGCGCAGAGAACAAGGUCCGGUGUGCGAUCAUCUCUCGCCAGCUCAUGCGCAUCAGUCAGCGACUAGACCCGUCUUCAUGGGGUCAGGCGAAUGGGACGAAUGGGUUCCGAGGAAACGGCGUGACGAACGGUGUGACGGGAACGAAUCGCGUACACAACACGAGGGAACUCCUCGAGAAGUUCUCCGAGUCCUUGGAGCAGGAGCUUCUCAAGCAGUUCAACAGCAGCUAUCGACGUCAAAACUUUGACGACAUGAUGGAGUGCUCCAAGGUGCUAUACGACUUCAACGGCGGCUCCAGCGUCAUUGCCACUUUUGUCAACCAGCACCAGUUCUUCAUCGACAGGGACCAAUUGAUUUCCGAUGAAGUCAUGUUGGACGGAGAUACGUGGGAACAGAUUGCAGACCCGGAUUCCGAUCCACCUGGGGUUGAAGCCAGCCUGCAAUCUCUUGUUGAUGAGGUCAAGCUCGUCAUGCAGGAGGAAUCCUUCAUUAUCAAGCGCGCAUUCCCGUUUUACGAGACCGUUUUGAUCAAAUUCAUCCAACGAGUGUUUCAACAAUCCGUUCAGCAACGGCUCGAGAUGGUGCUUGACAAGGCCAACGAGAUCUCUUCUUUGGCGUUCCUCAGAUCGCUGCACUCGUCGAGGACAUAUAUCAGUUCCUUGAUCGAAGACCUCAAAUCCCACGGCCUUACCGAGCACCCGGAGCCAGCUUCCCCCCAAAUCUCUCAGACAUUGGACCAGCAGAUGGAAGAGCUCUUUGUCCCCUAUCUUGUUGGGAACUCGUACAUUGACCGAGAGAAGAAGAGUCUCGAGGAGACGUACAACUCGUUACUCUUCAAAUUCACAACAUACCACUCCAAGAGAAAGAAGGCGCCGACUGGCUUCAUGGCCUCACUCGCACAACAGAGUUCACAAAUGCUGUCAUCGGCCAAGGAUGCGUACCUCGAGCGUCUCGGCUCGUCCGAGUUGACAGCCACCCAGAAGGCAAUGAUGCUUCGUGUUGCAGGGAUACAAGAUACCAACGAAAACAAGAACGACGUCGAGGUGUCAGAAGAGGACGGUAUCUUGAGCAUCGCAAACGCCAAGAGAAUGAUGAAGUGGCUUGCGGAAUCCGUCCGCAGAACCCUGGAACUCGGCUCCCCCGCCGACACACCAAAGGACGUCAAUGUUCUCCUCAACCUUUUACUCACAACAAUGGGCCGCGUAUACGUCGAGACGGCCCUGGACGCCGCCCUCGACCAGGCGACUUCGCAAGAGAAUAUCAAGUCGGAGCCCGACCUGAGUUACCUCCCUUCGAUCCGUCCCGCCGUGACCAUCACCAGCAUCAUGGAACGCUUCAUCACCACCGUGCUCAUCAAGCUGGCCGAAUCCAACACUACGGUCCGCCGCAGCAUGUCCACGCAGACGAAGUCUGCUAUUGACAGCAUCGAGCGCAAGACCAACGCCGUCAUGCGCAGCUCCAUCGACGUCGUCACCAACUGGGUCACGCGCUCUCUCGCAAGCCAAAAGAAGUUUGACUUCCGUCCCCGCGACGCCGACCUCGAUUCCCUGCAGACGCCCACGUGCCUGCAAAUGAGCCAGUUCCUCUCGCGCGUCUCCAAGCACGCCGCCCAGGCCGUCGACGGCCAGAACCUGGAGGUCUGGAGCUCCGAGGUCGCGCUCGCCGUCCUGGCCCUGCUGUUUGACCACUUCAAAAAGUUCCAGAUCAAUGCCACGGGCGGCCUCAUGGUCGCGCAGGAUCUGUCAAAGUACUCGUCCACUCUCAAGGAGUGGUCGCUCGCGGCGGACGUCGAGACCUCGGCCGAGCUCCUCACCGACAUUGGGUCCCUCUUCAUCGUCGGCCCCGAGGCGCUGAGGGAGAAGUCUCGCACGCUUGCGGCGGGUCCCUCUGGCCAGGGCAAGAAGCUGACCAAGGCCGACUUCAAGGCCUUUGUGCAGCGGCGCGAUGAUGCUAAUAGUGUUGGUAUUCAGAGCGUGCUGGCUGGGCUUUGA